AUCGGUCUGGCCUUUGCCCGCCUCCUCCUGGCAAAGGGCUGCUCCGUCAUCCUCGCCGACAAGACGCUCCGACCGGAGACGCAGACCCUCCUGGACGAAUAUGCGCCAUCUUCCUCCUCCGCCGUCACCGACGGGGCGUCUUCGAAACCCCAAGCCAUCUUCCACGAGACGGACGUGACGUCUUGGUCCCAGCUGGACGCCACGUUCACGCGGGCCACCACCUCCCUCCCCAGCCUGGACAUUGUGGCCGCGAGCGCCGGCCUUGAAGAGCCCACGUGGGCUUCCUUCUGGGAGAAGCCUACGGGUCCGGACCCCAACGGCUACGCCGUGCUCGACGUCAACCUCACCGCUCCCGUGCGCCUCAGUCAGCUGGCCAUCUCCCACUGGACGCGGAGUCGCCGGCCGGGAUGCCUCGUCCACGUCGGCAGCCAGGCCGGUUACACAUCCGGUCUCGGCACCCCUCUGUACUUCGCCAGUAAGCAUGGUCUGCACGGCUUUGUCAGGUCGCUGGCUGCUUUGAAGGGAGAGCUCGGCAUUCGGUCCGGCUGCGUGGCUCCGGGUGCCGUUAGGACCCCAAUGUGGUCCGAAGACCCCUCGAAGGCAUCCAUGGUAGACGAAUCGAUCGACUUCAGCGAGCCCGAAGAGAUAGCCAGCGCGAUGUACGACCUGGUCGUAGACGAGAACCUGGGCAGCGGCACAAUCUACGAGUGCACCAAGGCUAACGGUACGCGCGUCGUUCCAGAGUUCAACGCGCCUCCACCGCCGGCCGGGAGCGGUACUCUCGAGGGCUAUGUCGCCGCCGAGGAGAAGCUGUAUGAGAGGUUGAGGGAGGAGGGUACCGAGGCUUGA